UGAUGGGAAUCAACCAAUGGCUCCAGAGCUUUCCUGGGGCCCCAGUGUGUGUACGGACGAGUGUAUCCGAAAAAGAAUAGCAGAGAGUGAGACUGGCAGUGAAGUAAUUCCAAUUUUCCUUUAAACCACUUCUGAGCAUUGAAUCGGAGGAGCUACAUUUGCAUCCGUGUGUUUGAGCAGCAUAAAAGCUCCAUGUAAACUUUUUAUUUCGGGUUUGCUAACGGAUUAUUGUAUACUACGGAGGAAAAUAACAUGGGAAUCUGAAUGCGGCAAGGAUUAUUUGGGAUUAUUUCGUGGUAAAGCAACUCCAUCGAUGUGCCGUCAGAAGGAUUCUAAAGCGAAGGAUUUAACUAAGGGUGCUCAAAGUCCAAGAAAAAAAAACUUUUGCUGUCGUUUCAUGUGGUAGCUAUAGCCUAGUUAUUGGAGGAAUAAUUAUGGUAUAGCCUAGUUAUUGGAGGAAUAAUUAUGGUAUAGCCUAGUUAUUGGAGGAAUAAUUAUGGUAUAGCCUAGUUAUUGGAGGAAUAAUUAUGGUAUAGCCUAGUUAUUGGAGGAAUAAUUAUGGUAUAGCCUAGGAAUUGCUGCUGGGAAGAUAUUCUUGGGGAAUUGUGUAGCCUCUGUAAAGACAAACGUUUUCAUUGAGUUGGUAGGCUAUAUGGUUAUAGGAAAUAACAGUCCAGUAAAUGCAUGUAUGUCGCAUUCUGUUUAGCUGUGUAAUCUCGUUACAUUUGACUUUGUUUAAUGCAACAUACAACCGUAAAUUACAUUCUAAUGCUGCGAGUUAGUCAUAAAUCUACGACCCCCGGCUGCGCAUGUAGUGCGCGCCGUUUACAAAACCUUAAUGUUGUGCGGAGACCAUAAAUCCAUGUGGAAUCCUCGCAGACCUGGACGGGAACAAUACGACACAUCCAAAACGGUCUAAAUUGUCGUAUGUUCAGGUCGAAACGCUCAGGUCUUGUACGGCGACUCUGGAGAAGCCGUUUAGUCCCAGACAGAGACGGCGGAGAUGGGAGAAGCAAACGAAGCGAGGGGUUUCGGAACGGUUCGUGUGGCAGUAACCCAGAAAAAAUUCCCAAAACGGAGCUCGGGUCGGUGACCCGUGCCUCGCCAUCUCUGGGAACUUUCGACGAAGUGUGCAACACAGACCCCACGGACAGCGCAGAGUCGGCGCCGGGGGACAAUUCGGACCAUGGUCAGGGGGAUGCCAUGUGUGUCCCCGUCCCCCAUCACCGAGGCUCUCAGCCAGAACACGAGAAUGACAGUAGAACGGUUACUUGCUGUUUGUUUCGAGACAGGGACCCUAGACCUCGGAGCCCCGUCUUGACCCGGGGUAUCCGAAACUCUAGUCCCCGCGAUGGAGGUAUCCUCAUGGGGCGGGAGGGGAACACUGGCUCGAUGGACGAGCAAGAACUCAAGAACGUUACCUAUGCUCUUUUGAAAAGACUCAAGGAGAAACCGCUGGAUGCCUUGUUGGAGGCGGUGGAGUCGAAAGGAGGGAUGCCCAGUGACUGUGUUCUGGUACCCCAGACGGAGCUGCGUUUAGGUGGCUACUCGGCAUCUCCCCCGUUUCUGCUCUGUAAACUCUACCGAUGGACUGACCUGCACCACUCGACUCAACUCAAAGCGCUGUGCCACUGUCAAAGCUUCGGGGCAUUGGACAGCAGUGAAACGGUGUGCUGUAACCCCUAUCACUACAGUCUCUUGUGUGGGCCAGAAUCACCACCACCCCCCUACUCCCGACUAUCUCCCUCAGAUGAACACAAGCCACUGGAUCUAUCAGAUUCAACACUUUCAACACUGUCGUACACUGAAACUGUGGCCCCCCACUCCCCCGACGUCGCGCCAAGGCUCUUCUCAGACCCCGGUACCUCCGUGGGCUCCUCGUCCUCCUGCGGGCGGCGUUCCCACUGGUGCAGCGUGGCCUACUGGGAGCAGCGGACGCGGGUCGGCCGCCUCUACCCGGCCCACGAGCCCUCGCUCAGCAUCUUCUACGACCUACCUCAGGGCACGGGCCUCUGCCUGGGCCAACUCAACGCCGUUGCCAACGCUAGCAACGGUCACCACCACGACGGUGGCGCCGGUCACCGUGGCAACCGUAGUCACCGUGCCGGUAGCGGCAGCAGCAGGACGGGUAGCUGUGUCCAGCGAACGCGCAACAAAAUCGGCUACGGGAUUGUCCUAAGCCAAGAACCUGAUGGGGUGUGGGUCUACAACCGUAGCCAGCACCCAGUGUUUGUCCACUCGCCCACCCUGGACCUGCCCAACCCAGUGAGGGGACUGACGGUGAGGAGGGUGAUGCCGGGCUACUCCCUCAAAGUGUUUGACUAUGACAAGUCCAGCUGGAUCCUGCAGCAGGGCAUGGAGCCCCCUGGGGGCCUGGAGGGCCCCUACGACCCCCACAGUGUGAGGAUCAGCUUCGCCAAGGGCUGGGGCCCCUGCUACUCCAGACAGUUCAUCACCUCCUGCCCCUGCUGGGUGGAGGUGCUGCUCAAUACCCACAGAUAGCACACGGACUAGGAAGACAAGACAGGUGCUGCUCAAUACCCACAGAUAGCACACGGACUAGAAAGACAAGACAGGUGCUGCUCAAUACCCACAGAUAGCACACGGACUAGGAAGACAAGACAGGUGCUGCUCAAUACCCACAGAUAGCACACGGACUAGGAAGACAAGACAGGUGCUGCUCAAUACCCACUGAUAGCACACGGACUAGGAAGACAAGACAGGUGCUGCUCAAUACCCACUGAUAGCACACGGACUAGGAAGACAAGACAGGUGCUGCUCAAUACCCACUGAUAGCACACGGACUAGGAAGACAAGACAGAGGGAUGGAUGGAUGGAUGGAUGGAUGGAUGGAUGGAUGGAUGGAUGGAUGGACAGGCAUACACAUGGAGAGACAGACGGAAAAACACAAAUACAGUACACGUCUUUACUUACACAGGUGCUCACAGGCAUAUGUACACACACACACACAUACACACACACACACACACACACACACACACACACACA